AAUUCUGGAGAGAAAAGUGCUGUGAGACGCUCAUUCAGCAAAAUUACAAACAAAAAGUGAUAAGAUAAUCGCUAAUAUUUGACCUUCUCAGUACCAAAACCGACAAAUAUGGAGUUAGAAGUCAAAGGAAAGUCAAUUUUAGUCACUGGAGCAGGACAUGGCAUCGGAAAUCAACUUUGCAAGACCCUUCAUGAGCUUGGGGCGAAAGUCAUUGCUGUUUCUCGCAACCAAAAACCCUUGGAUGAGCUUGCGGCAGAGUGUUCCGGUAUAAAAACGAUCGCUGUUGACUUGGCGAAAUGGCAAGAAACGCGAGAAGCUCUCAAAAAUAUCACUUUUCUCGAUGCUCUUGUGAAUUCGGCGGGAGUUGCUGUUAUCAAACCCUUCGCUGAGAUGACCGAAAGUGACUUUGAUCACCAAUUCAACGUGAAUUUCAAGGCAAUUUACAAUCUCUGUCAAUUUUUGAGCCCUAAAAUCCGGGAUGGCGGUUCAAUUGUGAAUAUUUCGUCGCUUGCAUCGAUGAUCGGCAUCGAAGGACAUUCCGUUUACGGACCUACAAAGGCAGCUUUGGAUAAUUUCAUGAAAAAUUUGGUACUCGAGCUUGGGCCUCGUAAGAUUCGCGUGAAUAAUGUCAAUCCGACGGUCAUUUUAACGCGAAUGGGACGCGAAAAUUGGAGUGAUCCAGCAAAAGCUGAUCCAUUAAUCUCGAGAAUUCCCUUGAGACGGUUCGGAGAAGUGCAUGAAGUUGUCGAGCCGAUUAUUUUUCUGUUGAGUGACAAGUCUUCCUUCAUUAAUGGACACUGUUUACCUUUGGAAGGAGGCUAUUUGACAGCUUAAUUCGGUGAAAAAAGCUGAAAAAAGAGAUUUUUAGUGUAAAAAAUGAAUUUUUAGGAAAUUUGGAAAACAUUUUUAUUCCGAAAUCGGGAUUUGGUAACAAAUAAAACUUACAAAAUACGA